GAACCCAGCGCUGCUGUCGGCCAUCUUGGUCGACACCCUCUCAGAGCCUUCACCGCAGCGCAGACGGUCCAAUCAGAGCUGCUGCCGUUCCUGCUUCACAUCUCAGCCCGUCUGCACAAAGGAGAGCGGGGGCCGCGGAGCAGCGGGGGGCGUCACAGCGCGUUGCACCCGGCUGCGUGUGGAGGAGAGGAGGAUGCGGAGCUGAAGAGGAGGAAGCCGCUCCUUCCCAUCACCGAGGCCUCCUCGCCUUUGUCUUCAUCCACCCCAGAACAAAGGGGCUCCACCUGCUUGUGGGCCGUCUUCCUCCGUCGGUCCUCGGAACGCUGAGUCAUCAUGGCCGAUCUGACGCCCCAGAGCGAAACCCCGACCCCCACCACAGACAAGAUCACGCAGGCCGCCCGGGAGACCAUCUAUCUCUGCAACUUCCGCGUGUCCGUGGACGGAGAGUGGCUGUGCCUGCGGGAGCUCAACGACAUCUCGCUCACGCCGGACCCGGAGCCGGCCCACGAAGAUCCCAAGGAUCCGGUUGCGAUCGAGAGGCUGAACCUGAUGAACAUGGCCAAGCUGAGCAUCAAAGGCCUGAUCGAGUCCGCCCUGAACCUGGGUCGCACGCUGGACUCGGACUACGCGCCGCUGCAGCAGUUCUUCGUGGUGAUGGAGCACUGCCUGAAGCACGGGCUGAAGACUAAGAAGACCUUCCUGGGCCAGAACAAGUCCUUCUGGGGGGCGCUGGAGCUGGUGGAGAAGCUGACGCCUGAAGCCGGAGAGAUCACGGCCAGCGUCAAAGACCUGCCCGGCCUCAAAACCCCCCUGGGCCGCGGCCGCGCCUGGUUACGCCUCGCCCUGAUGCAGAAGAAGCUCUCCGACUACAUGAAGACCAUCAUCAACAGGAAGGACCUGCUCAGUGAAUUCUACGAGCCCAACGCGCUGAUGAUGGAGGAGGAGGGCGCCGUCAUCGCCGGGCUCCUGGUGGGGCUGAACGUCAUCGACGCCAACCUGUGCAUGAAGGGAGAAGACCUGGACUCGCAGGUCGGAGUGAUCGACUUCUCCAUGUACCUGAAAGAUGGAGGACACAGCAGCAAGAGCGCCGAGGGUGACGGUCAGAUCACCGCCAUCCUGGACCAGAAGAACUACGUGGAGGAGCUGAACAGACAUUUAAGCGCCUCCGUCAACAACCUUCAGGCCAAGGUGGACGCUCUGGAGAAGGCCAACACCAAGCUGACCGAGGAGCUCGCCGUGGCCAACAAUCGCAUCAUCACGCUACAAGAAGACGUGGAACGGGUCAAAGAGGAAAGCUCCCUGCAGCUGGAGUCCAGGAAGUCAGCCAGAGGAGACGCGGCGGCAGACGGGUCAGCGCUGAUGGAAUCCCGCAAGCAGCUGAAGGAGGAGACUCUGCUGCGGCUGGACGUGGAGCGGGAGCUGGAGGUGCAGAUCGGGAUGAAGCAGGAGAUGGAGAUGUCCAUGAAGAUGCUGGAGAAGGACGUCUGUGAGAAGCAGGACGCUCUGCUGGAGCUGCGGCAGCAGCUGGAGGACCUGCGGACCAUCAACCAGCAGCUCAGCCACAAGUCACAGAGUGCCGACAGCAGCUCCAGGCAGAAGAGUGAAGCCAUCGUCCGCCUGGAGGACAAGAUCAACCAGAUGUCGGGCACGGUGAAGCAGCUGGAGAGCAGAUGCAAACACGCCGAGAAGGAGCGCGACCUGGCGCUGGAGGCCAACCGCCUCUUCAAACGCGACUUCGGAGACAAGAUCGAGAGUCUGCAGGGGGAGGUGGAGCGGCUGAGGAGAAGCAGGUGCGGCGCCACUCCACGUCACAUGACUCACAGGUCUUAUCUGGAGGUGGAGCUUAGAAGAGAGCAAAAGGCGGAGCUUUCCGGUCUGAGCGGCGCAGCCAAACAGGCCGAGCCCUCCCCGCCGGACAGGACGGAGGAAAGACCCAAAGGAAGUCAGCCAGUAAAGAUGAGCUCCUCCUCCUCGUCUCCAUCCGCCCAGCCUCUCUCAGAGGAGCCUCAGGGCAGCGGGGAGACGGAUCACCGCUGGAGCGGAGAACCGGACCGGAGCAGCUCCAGCCCGUCUCUGUCUGGUCGGGAAGAGCAGAAGGAGGAGACGGCUCCGCCCUCCAUCUGCACCAUGUGUGAGGAGGUCCAGUCUCUGCACAGGACAAAGAAACAGUGUAAGAACUGCGGCGGCGUUUUCUGCCAGAGCUGCGUGUCCAACGAGCUGCCGCUGCCCUCCUCCAUCCUGCCGGAGACGGUGUGCAGCGCCUGCUACGCCCAGCUGCUGCAGCAGUACGCCUCCUCGCCCACAUGAACGCACGCCGGCGCCGCCCGCAGUCUCAGGCCAGCAGGCUGGCGGUCAGAGAAGAAAGCCCUUUCUGGUUGGAGCGGCGGUGUGAAUCCGACCAGUUUGGAGUGGAGUUUCUGCUGGUGAAGCACCGGCGCAGGUUUUGGUUUGGAGGGAAACCUGCGCCGGUGCUUUAAACCAAACCAGCGCCGGGUCCAGAAGAGGAUUAUGGGAGCAAAGCUGGACAGACGCCUCGCUGAGAUCCAGUGUGGAUUCCUGAGGAUGAGCUGGUGGUUCUGAUCAAAGCUACGGCGAGCCAAAGGUGUCAUAAAUCAGCAGGACAACCUUUGGCUCGCCGUCCUGCAGGGUUCUGCUUCUGUGUAGAACAUUCAGACUAACUGGACGUUUGUGUCUGUCGCUUCGUUUGACGCAGAAUUAAAGGCCAAAGCUGGACCUCCUUCUCUUUGGAAACAGAACGGUUCUGACCCGGGAAGGAGCAUUCACAUGAAUCUAACCUUUGAAUAUUUGAGAUCUAAUUAGGGAAAUCUGUCGUAUUAAUCAUAGAGAUCUAGAAAUGUUGAUCAUUUAAUAAAAAUUACAGAAAGUG